AUGUCGCCUCUAGACGACGAGGCCACCGGCGCUCGCUUCGAGCGGCUAGCGCCCGAGUACCAGGCGGCGUUUGCGCGGUUCCUGCGGCGCCACUACCGCGCGGGCCUGCAGCAGCUGCACCGGCGUCUGCGGCACGCGUCGACGCCCCUGGCGGCGCUGGCCGAGGCGCCGGAGCAGAGCUCGCAGGCCUUCAGCCAGCGCGUGUGCGCGCAGAGGCUGCUGGACUUCAACGCGCAGCUCGGCACGCUGCUGUUCCGCCACCCGGAGCAGCUGCUGCCUCUGUUCCACGCCGCGCUGGCCAAGGAGGUGAGCUGCAACGCCGGGCAGCCGCUGGAGGGCGGCGGCCUGCCGUCCGUGCCGCUGAAGGCGCGGCGCAAGCUCAAGGUGCGCGUGGAGAACCUGCCGCCGGUGCCGCCGCUGCGCAAGCCGGCGAUCAGCGCCAUUCGGUCCAACGACGUCAAGCAGCUCAUCCAGAUCGCGGGCACUGUGGUGCGCACGGGGCUCAUCAAGAUGCAGGAGACGGAGCGGGAGUACCAGUGCUGCAACGCGCGCUGCGGCCACCGGUUUCUCGUCAAGUCGGACCCGGAGCAGGGCAACGUGCUCGAGAUCCCGAAAGUGUGUCCGUCGGACAGCUCCGGGGACACGAGCAGCGGCGGCAAGAAGCCGUGCAAGUCGACGCAGUUCAUGCCCGUGGGCGGCGCAGACAGCAGCGUCGUGUCGGACCACCAGGUGAUCAAGAUCCAGGAGCAGGCGUCCAAGCUCGGAGUCGGAUCCAUCCCCAGGUCCAUCUUGGUGGUGCUGGAGGACGACCUCGUGGACUCAAUCAAGGCUGGAGACCAGGUGACGGUCGUGGGCAUCCUCAUGCGCACGUGGAAGCCGUGCGUGCGCGGUGUGCGCUGUGACCUCGAGACGACGAUCAAGGCCAACAGCAUCCGCAUCAAGAACGCGACGACGUCGCAGGUUCUCGUCACCGAGGAGCUGCGCGCCGAGUUCGCGCAGUUCUGGGCCAAGCACAAGCGAGACCCGAUUCGCGGGCGCAACGAGAUCGUCGCUAGUAUCUGCCCCAAAGUCUAUGGACUUUUCAUCGUCAAGCUCGCGGUGGCGCUUACGGUCAUCGGUGGCGUCUCGUACGUGGAUGAGACCGGGAUGAAGACUCGAGGCGAGCCGCACAUGCUCCUGAUCGGUGAUCCCGGCACAGGAAAGUCGCAGUUCCUUCGAUUUACAGCCGAGCUGAGCCCACGCUCCGUGCUCACAACAGGAAUUGGAACCACGAGCGCAGGACUCACGUGUACUGCUGUGAAAGAUGGCGGCGAGUGGAUGCUGGAGGCUGGCGCGCUGGUGCUAGCAGAUCGUGGCGUGUGCUGCAUCGACGAGUUUAGCAGCAUCCGCAGCAACGACCGCACCUCCAUCCACGAAGCCAUGGAGCAGCAGACGCUAAGCGUGGCAAAGGCUGGUCUGGUAUGCAAGCUAAACGCACGAACCACCAUCUUCGCCGUGACGAACCCGAAAGGCCGAUACGACCCGACAGCGGACGUGUCUGUGAACACCAGCAUCGCGAGCCCAUUGCUGAGUCGGUUUGAUCUGAUCCUCGUGCUGCUGGACCGCAUGAAUCCGCGAUGGGACCAGGUCGUCUCCUCUUUCAUCUUAAAGCAGGCGGUCGGCACGAACACGAGUAUCAAAGAGGAGGCCGAACGCGAUGAAGGCGAGUCGUCUUUCGAGGCAGUUGACAAACAAGGAGCACGAUCCUCCAAGGACGACUCAGCGCUGUGGAGCGUCCAGAAGCUUCAAGCUUACAUCUGCCACGUGAAGGACAAGUAUCAGCCACAACUGAGUCGUGGAGCAAUGUUAAUCCUUCAGCGUUAUUACCAACGGCAACGCGCAUCCGACAGUCGCAGCGCCGCACGCACAACGAUUCGCCUGUUGGAGAGUCUUACACGGCUCGCUCAAGCCCACGCACGAUUGAUGUGUCACUCCGAAGUGGCGGUCAUGGACGCCGUGAUUGCUGUGUUUGUCAUGGAGGUCAGCAAGUCCACGGACAACUGCUCGGAUAUGCUGGAGGGAGGCGUGGAGUCUGUUUUGCACUCCAACUUCUCUGACAAUCCGGCGGAAGAGUACGCAUUGCAGGAGAAGCUUGUUCUCGAGUACCUCAUGCUGCCGGAGUUGAGCACAGCAAACGAUGUCCCAUCUCAGUCACAGCCACCAAGCUACUCGCAGCAACGACCGGAUCCUGUCAGGAGUUUUCCACUGGGCGCCGAUGAAUACGAAGAAGCCCACAGCAACGGCGAAUUCGCUGAAGACCUGUAUAUACCUGGGACGGAAGAGCGACAGGUGCCACUCGGAAAGCGGUCGUGGUCCGCUAGCCAGCAGCAACGUGGAGAAGACGAUGCUUCCCAACGCAAGCAGCGCCGCGAAGACGCCCCAUCUCAAAGCUUGCCGUGGAGUCAGCGCCGACAACACCCUACGUCCCAAAACGUGCCAUGGAGUCAGCGAAGGCAAUCGGUUGGGUCUGCGCCAACAUCACAACAGCAUGUCGACGACGACGAUUUUGAUGUCAUGGACGACUACCGCCGAGGUCUGCAGCCAAGUCAGCAGCAAAAUAACCAGCAACUGAGCCAACAGCAAAGCCAGCAACAAAGCCAACCGUCUCAAAGCCAGCACGCAGAAGAGCAGCCGCGGGUUCCUCCUCGGCCACGCUUCAACUUUGGUCGCUGGAGCCAGCAGGCCGAGGCCAGCCAAUCUAUCAUCAGCAAGUGGAAAAAGUAA